UACGGAAAAGGGUGUGGCUUUAAAUGAAAUAAAAUCUACGCUCGUGCAGGCUGUGAAUUCACUUCUUAAAAUUGUUGAAGUAAAAAUCUCAGUUUUGAGCUAAGAAUAAAAAAAUGAGUUUCCCAGGGUAUGGAGCUCCCGCCGGGGGAUAUCCAGGAGCGUUUCCCGGCCAGCAGCAGGAUCCUCUCUUUGGAUACUUUACUGCCAUUGCUGGACAGGAUGGACAAAUAUCUGCUGAGGAGCUCCAGGUCUGUUUAACUCAGGCAAACUUCUCUGGAGGCUACAAACCUUUCAACUUGGAGACCUGCAGGUUGAUGAUCGCCAUGCUCGAUCGUGACAUGUCAGGCAACAUGGGCUUUGCCGAGUUUAAGGAGCUAUGGGCGGUGCUUAACGGCUGGAAGCAGCACUUCAUGUCCAUCGACAAAGACAUGAGUGGGACAGUGGACCCACAGGAAAUGAACCAAGCUAUUUCCUCGAUGGGCUACAGGCUGAGUCCUCAAGCCAUGAACUGUAUCGUAAGGCGCUACAGCACUCAGGGAAAGAUCACCUUUGAUGAUUAUGUUGCAUGCUGUGUCAAACUAAGGAGCUUGACUGAUAUUUUCCGCAGGAGGGACCCGGCGCAAGGCGGAACCGCUUCAUUUCAGUAUGACGACUUUAUCCAGUGCACUAUGAGCACCUGAGGGAAGUCUCUGGAAAAAGAAGUCAGAAAUAUUCCAUCAUCUAUGGCAUAUAUUAUGAAGUCUAUAGUGGCCAUGAGCUUUUUUUUUUUAUAUACAAAUGCUUCUUUUUUUAAACAUCUGCUCUAACUAAAGGCAUCUUGAUAACAAAUUAAACAAUUAUUACAUGUAAUUAACAACAGUAAAUAAACGUAAACGUAUGAAGAACAAACCACUUAGAAUUGACCCUUGUAAUCCAUGUAUUGAAUGAAAAAUAAAUUUGAUUGUCUUUGCCUA